CGGGCUUUUCUGUGCGCGAGGGAGCCGACGAUCAGGCCAGAGAGCGAGAGCGAAGGAGAGAGAAUGGCGGAGCCCAACGUCUCCGGCCGCCGGACUCGAGCCAAGGGGGGGGACGCCGUCGCCCGAUCCGCCGCCCUGGAGCGCCUCAAGGCCCUCCGCAGCUCCGGCGGCCGCCGCUCCGAGGCUGGCGGCGGGCUCCAGAUCAAGAUGGAGGCCCCCAUCUACGACACCGUCGCUGAGGAGGACUACGCCGCCCUCGUCGCCCGCCGCAGGGAGGCCUCCCGUGGCUUCAUCGUCGACGAUGAUGGCCUCGGCUACACCGACGAAGGCCAGGAGGAGGACUGGUCCCUCCCCAGCUUCCCCGAGUCCUCCGACGAGGACCUAACCGACGGCGACGAGGAGCGGCCCAAGAAGAGGAAGGCGGCGGCCAAGAAGGACCCCGCCCCCAAAAAGCCCCCGCCUUCCUCUCUCUCGGCCGCCGCCGCGCUGAUGGGCAAGCAGAGGCUCUCCUCGAUGUUCACGUCCUCGGUUUUCAAAAAGAUUGAUAGGGGAAAGGGGUCAUCUUUGUCUUCUGAUAGCAUUGUCGAUGACGUGAUCGCCGAAUUCGCGCCCGAUGAGACCGAUCGGGAGGCGAGAAGACGGCGAGCAUCGGUAACAGGAAGCAUUCAUGGAUCUCGGGGUUCUGCCACCCCGCUGCCGGUGAUUCAGAUCAAGAACGAGACACAAUCUACCCUGGAUGAUCGUGCUGUUGAAGUUGGAUUGCCUGAAUCAGCGGAUCUGGCAGUCUCUCAUCCAGAAUCAGAGAUUUGUGUUCAAGAAAAUGGUAAUUUGGGACACGAAGAGGAUGUCGCUGUGGAAGUGAAAGAGAAGGUGGUUUUAGAUUCUAGGGUUGAUUCGGUGAGUAAUGGGGGCCUAGAUGUGGUGAAAUCUGACGCAAAUAGGGAGCUGAAAACUGAGGUGAAGAACAGCGAGAAGGGGUUUGCUCUUAACGCAAAGAUUAAGGUGGAAGGGGAUAGUACUGUGACGAAUGCUACAGCUGGCUGGAAGGCGGUUUGCGGAGAAGAUGGGAAUGGUGGAAGUGAAGGAGGGGCAAUUGAAUCAAAUCGAAAUGUUGAUGAGAAAUCUGAGUUUAUGUUGGAUUCUGAUGGGUCACUCCCCUUCUAUAUAAUUGAUGCUUACGAGGAGCCAUUUGGUGCUAAUUUGGGUACGCUAUAUCUAUUUGGAAAGGUCAAAGCAGGCAAUGCAUAUCACAGCUGCUGCGUGGUUGUAAAGAAUAUGCAAAGAUGUGUUUAUGCUAUUCCGAACAGUUCUGUGUUUGAAGGCAAUGCUAUAGCGGAGAUUGAAAGAAACACCAAGGAUUCCCGAGAUUCAGCAACAGCUUUUAGAACAACUCUACAAGGAAUGGCAUCAGAUUUAAAGAGUGAAAUAGCAAAAAGAUUAUUGGAUCUCAACAUAUCAACUUUUAGCAUGACACCGGUCAAGAGAAGCUAUGCGUUUGAGCGGUCUGAUAUACCUAUUGGAGAGCAGUACGUCCUCAAGGUCAACUAUCCAUUUAAGGAUCCACCACUUCCUGCAGAUCUUAAAGGAAAACAUUUCCUUGCAUUACUGGGAACACACAGCAGUGCUUUGGAGUUGUUUCUGAUCAAAAGGAAAAUCAAGGGACCAUCUUGGUUGUCAAUUACGAAAUUUGUGAGCUGUCCAAAUACUCAGCGGGUCAGCUGGUGUAAAUUUGAGAUCACUGUGGAUUGUCCCAAGGACAUAUCUGUUUCUACUUCAAAGAUUUUGCUAGAAAUUCCUCCAGUGAUUGUUGCAGCAAUAAAUUUGAAAACAAUUAUCAAUGAAAAGCAUAACACUAAUGAGAUAGUGUCAGCCUCUGUCAUCUGCUGUCACAAGGCAAAAAUUGAUGGUCCUAUGCUGGCAUCAGAAUGGAAGAGAAGGGGUGCACUUAGCCAUUUUACUGUUGUCCGGAAACUUGAUGGAGGUAUAUUUCCAAUGGGUCUCACAAAGGAAGUUUCUGAAAGAAAUUCAAAAGCUGGUGCAACUGUUUUGGCACUGGAAAGCAGUGAAAGAGCCUUGUUAAAUCGUUUGAUGAUUGAACUGAACAAAUUGGACGGUGAUAUUCUUGUUGGGCACAAUAUUUCAGGCUUUGACCUUGAUGUGCUUCUCCACCGAGCUCAGGCUAGUAAGGUGCCAAGUAGCAUGUGGUCCAAGAUUGGUCGCCUUAAACGUUCUGUGAUGCCAAAGCUCACCAAAGGAAAUGUUCUAUAUGGAUCUGGUGCUAGUCCUGGAAUCAUGUCCUGCAUUGCAGGUCGUCUCCUAUGUGAUACCUAUCUGUGCUCACGCGAUCUUUUGAAGGAGGUAAGUUAUUCUCUGACCCAACUUGCGAAAACACAACUCAAAAAAGACAGAAAGGAGAUUUCUCCGCAUGAUAUUCCUGCCAUGUUCCAAACAUCAGGAGCGCUUCUUGAACUGGUUGAAUAUGGUGAGACUGAUGCCUGGCUAUCUCUGGAACUUAUGUUCCAUUUGAGCGUUCUUCCUCUUUCUCGGCAGUUAACUAAUAUCAGUGGCAAUCUUUGGGGCAAAACUCUUCAGGGUGCUAGAGCACAGAGGGUGGAGUACCUUCUGUUGCAUUCUUUUCAUGCAAAGAAGUACAUCGUGCCAGACAAGAUUUCUGCACGCAACAAAGAAUCAAGCACUACAAAGAGAAAACUAAAUGCUGGUAUAGAUGGUGAGGAUGCUGAUGACUUAAAUGUGAAUGAUGUUUCUCUGGACAAUGGUGCACUGCAUAUUGAUCAAGGAAAAAGCAAAAAAGGUCCUGCCUACUCUGGUGGCUUGGUUUUGGAACCUAAAAAGGGCUUAUAUGACAAGUAUAUAUUACUCCUGGACUUUAACAGUCUUUAUCCUUCAAUUAUUCAGGAAUACAACAUUUGCUUCACUACAGUUGAACGAUCUCCUGAUGGUCAAAUUCCUAGUCUACCAUCUUCAAAAACUACUGGAGUUUUACCUGAGUUAUUGAGAAAUUUGGUUGAGAGAAGAAGAAUGGUUAAGUCAUGGCUCAAGACUGCUUCUGGUCUCAAAGUUCAGCAACUUGAUAUUCAACAGCAGGCAUUGAAGCUUACUGCCAACAGCAUGUAUGGAUGCUUGGGCUUUUCAAAUUCCAGAUUCUAUGCGAAACCACUUGCUGAGCUGAUAACACUCCAAGGAAGGGAAAUCUUGCAAAGUACUGUUGAUCUAGUUCAGAACAACUUGAACUUGGAGGUAAUUUAUGGGGAUACAGAUUCUAUAAUGAUCUAUAGUGGAUUAGACGACAUUGCUAAGGCAAAAGCUAUUGCUGGGAAGGUCAUGCAAGAGGUCAACAAAAAAUAUCGCUAUCUGGAGAUUGAUCUCGAUGGUCUGUACAAGAGAAUGCUGCUUCUUAAAAAGAAAAAAUAUGCUGCUGUGAAAGUGCUGUUUAAGGAUGGGACACCAUAUGAGGUCAUUGAACGCAAGGGUCUUGACAUGGUACGGCGUGACUGGAGUUUAUUAUCAAAGGAAAUAGGGGAUUUCUGCCUCAGCCAGAUUUUAUCUGGAGGGACAUGUGAAGAUGUUGUCGAGUCGAUUCAUAGUUCUCUUAUGGAGGUGCAGGAGGAGAUGAGGAAUGGUGCAAUAGAACUAGAAAAAUAUGUUAUCACAAAGAGUUUGACAAAGCCACCAGAAGACUAUCCAGAUGCUAAAAACCAACCUCAUGUGCAGGUGGCUCUAAGGUUGAAGCAAAAUGGUUACUCAGGCUGUUCUGCUGGUGAUACAGUUCCUUAUAUAAUUUGCUGCCAGCAGGGUACCAGUUCUGGUCCAUCAUCAGGAAUAGCUCAAAGGGCUAGGCAUCCUGAGGAGCUGAAAAGGGACAGUGGCGAAUGGAUGAUAGACAUCGAUUAUUACUUGUCACAACAGAUUCAUCCUGUGGUAUCACGUCUGUGUGCUUCCAUUCAGGGCACUAGCCCAGCACGUUUAGCUGAGUGUUUAGGGCUUGAUUCAUCUAAGUUCCAAUUCAAAACUGCCGAUUCUGUUGGCCAAGAUCCUUCUACUGUGCUUUUAUCAGUAAUAGAUGAUGAUGAAAGGUAUCGUGGCUGUGAGCCCCUGCAGCUAUCAUGCCCUAGCUGCUCUAGUACUUUUGAGUGCCCCCCUGUGUCCAGCCUACUUUCUACUUCGAGCAGUGGAAACUCAUUGGAUUCACAAACAGAAAAAGAACCUGAUUGUAACUUCUGGCGCAGAAUGCACUGCCCAAGAUGCCCGGAUGAUGUUGAUGGAAGCAGAAUAUCUCCUGCCAUGUUAGCAAACCAGGUGAAAAGGCAGGCUGACAAUUUCAUCUCCUUGUACUACAAAGGCUUAAUGAUGUGUGAUGAUGAGAUGUGCAAGUAUACCACUUGCAGUCUCAAUCUUCGGGUGUUUGGUGAUUCCGAGAGAGGAACAGUCUGUCCGAACUACCCGCGCUGUAAUGGCCACCUCAUAAGACAGUACACAGAGGCAGAUCUAUACAGGCAGCUUUCAUAUUUCUGUCACAUGUUGGAUGCAACACGGUGUCUUGAGAAGUUGGACCAAAAGGCUAGAUUGCCUUUUGAGAAAGAUUUUGCAGCAAUCCAUCCAGCCAUUAGUUUGGCAACAUCUGUGAUACGGAAUAUCAGAGACCGAUGUGCCUUUGGGUGGGUGCAGCUGAAGGAUCUAACCGUCUCAGUCUGAUAGCUGGAGAAUAUCAAAUUCUAUGCUACUCUGUGGUGCUGUAAGAACUUUUAAACAUCCAUCACCUGCUAUUAAUUGGCUGCAAAAACUAUUAAAUGUCUAUCACCUGCUAUUAAUGGGCAAAUCUUGGAUGUGCAAAUCAGCAAAUGGGUGGAGGAGAAAUGUCAGCUCUCUCUAAGAAAGCUUUCACAUGCUUGAUAUGCUUGUGUUGGCCAAUAAUCAGAGAAAUAUAAAUAUAUAAUGGGCUCAGUCAGUUUCUUCACAACCUGUGUACACAAGUUGCUUCCACUAACAUGCUUGGAUCAUCAUCGACAGAACAGAGGUGUUUCCCCCUGGUAUAAUAUCAGAUGUGAUUUCUUAAACAAGUGAAAAAAAUGAAGCUAAAGAAGUCCUUUGCAGCCAUGUAUGACAUCAUUUAUAACGUUUGUAUACAUGAAUAAAUGAAAUGUUAUCUUGUUCAUCCUUCUA